UUGCAGACAUCAUAUGAAUCAGCGCAAUUAUUCGUAACCUUUUAUCGCCUCUUUUCGUGUGAAACCAUAUCAUCUUUAAAGGAAAAAGCAUUGAAACUUGGUUGGACUGAAAAUGAUUUUUUAAGUUUUCUCACAUUUGUUGCUUGUUUUUAUGGUAAUAGUGGGAAUUAUAAAAGUUUUGGAGAUUCGAAAAUUGUUCCAGAUAUUGAAAAGGAAAAACUUCGUGCUCUCUUGAAGGUCUCUGCGGCUGCACAGAAUUAUUCGAAUUUUCUUAAACAUUAUGACAUGAUUGAAGAACGUGUUUUUUCUCUUAAUGAAAAAACUGUCACUAUUGGACUUCCUGAUAAGGGUGUAAGUGGUUUCUUUUCAUCAAACGUUAACAAGGAAGAUACAGAUAUUAUCGCUGAUUAUUUUAAAAAGAAAAGAUUGGAAGAAUGGAAUACAAGAUUAUUGAAGAACAUAAAAGAUGGUGAAACUGUAUAUACAAUUCGACUGGCUAGCAUUGAUCAUGAAUUAUCAAAUGAAAAAUUUAGUGGUGCGACUAUAUUAAUUGAACGUUGUGACUAUGGCCCAAUUCUUUUGCACACAGUUCACUGGUUGAAAAAAGCUCUUCCUUUCGUCGCGAAUGAAAAUCAAGAAAAAAUGAUUUCAAUGUUUAUCAAACAUUUUGAAAGUGGAGAUAUUAAUGAGCACAAAGAGGGAUCUCGCUAUUGGAUAAAGGAUAUUGAGCCCGUUGUUGAAUUUUACAUUGGAUUCAUUGAAAAUUAUCGAGACCCUGUGGGAACUCGUGCUUCUUUUGAGGGAUUUGUUGCUGUUGUUAACAAAAGCACGUCGAAGAAAUUUCAAAAACUCGUCAAAAAAGCAGAAGAUAUUUUAACACGUUUGCCUUGGGAAAAAGAGUAUGAAAAGGACGUUUUUCUUAAACCAGAUUUCACUGCUCUUGAUGUCAUUUCAUUCGCAUCUGAUAUAAUCCCUCAAGGAAUUAAUAUUCCAAAUUAUGAUGCUAUCCGUCAAGAUGAGGGCUUCAAGAACGUUACUCUAAGCAAUGUUAUGGCUGCGAUACCUGCACAGAAAAUUAACUUUCUCACGGAAGAAGAUGAGGCUUUGUUCGUGAAACAUUAUAAAGAUUCAUUUGAAGUUCAAGUUGGCCUACAUGAAUUGUUGGGACAUGGAAGUGGAAAACUUUUUCAGCGUAAUGUUGAUGGAACUUUUAAUUUCGACAAAAAUGUGAAAGAUAUGAUAACUGGUCAGAAAGUUACAAGUUGGUAUGAACCUGGUGAAACUUGGAGCUCAAAAUUCGGUGAUUUGAGCAAUCCAUAUGAAGAAUGUCGAGCUGAUGGAGUUGGUUAUUAUUUAUCUACAUAUCCGGAUAUUUUAAAGAUCUUUGGAUUUGAAGGCGAAAUGGCGGAAAUUAUCAAGUAUGUGAACUGGAUGCUUGAACUGCGGUCUGGUCUUUUGGCUCUUGAAUUUUAUUCAGCUGAAACAAAGAAGUGGCGACAGGCGCACUGCUAUGGAAGAUUUGUACUUUUAAAUGUCUGCAUCGAAGCUGGAAAAGGAUUAGUAACAAUUGAUGAAGUAAAGGGCGAUGAUGGAGAGCCUGAUUUAUUAUUUAAACUUGAUAAAACUAAGAUCGAUAGUGUGGGGAAACCUGCUAUUGGUCAAUUUCUACGGAAAUUGCAGGCUUAUAAAUCAACCGGUGAUUAUGGGAAUGGUUCGAAAUUUUUCAUGAAUAUUGGAAAUGUUUCAAAUAGAGCUCUAAAAUGGCGAGACAUUGUAAUUAAACGACGUCAACCUCGAAAAAUCUUUGUUCAGAGUAAUACGCUACUGGACGAUAAUGGUUUUGUUUCUUUAAAGUGUUAUCCAGCAUCUUUCGAAGGUGUUAUCCAAUCGUUUGUUGAUCGUUAUUCAUCUGAAGAAAUCGAAGCCUUAGAAAAAGUAUGGUUACGUGAUUUCCCUUUGUUUAAUCAUUGA